UUGCUCAAGGUGAUGCAGGUGGUUAUUUUCGCGCGCACACGUAAGGUUAAGAACCUUCACGAGAGUCGAGUCCAGUGAGUUCGUCCUGAUUUUUAUCCUGUGCCUCGACAAAUGGUUCCAUGAAUAUUCUUCGUUAGUUAUAAUCAUUUCUCGUGUUGUUUACCAUUUUUAUGACGAUCGAUCGAGAGACGCGCAAGUACAAUGAUACAAAUAUACAAGGAAACGUAUCGGAACAGAACGAUCGCUAACUUGAAUUCUAAUCUACAUCUGUUCGCUGCUUAGCGAGGAGAAACGUAUACAAACAGUCAAUGUUUUUAUUUAGAAAUCGUUAAGUCUACUAACGUUCCCUGGUACGUAGAAUUUCGAGAGAGGGUCGAGAGGAAAAGUUCUGUUCUUUCUAAAUCAAUUAAUUUUGGUGUAUACGCUUUCGUAAAUAAAUUGUUCGAAGAGAAGUCGUGACAUUACUAUGUCCAAAUCGCCUCCUUCGCCUUGGUGGAACAGCAAACGAUUACGCGUGGACGACAGUUGUAACAAUUUAAACAGGACUUUAACAGACAGCCCACCCAAGGAUAAUUCGAAAUGGUCAUACUCUGCUGAUGCCAGUUUAGUGGAGCCAGAGAUUUUAGAAGAGAUGGGUGUUAGCAUGUUAGAAGGAGAGGAUUUAUUGAACUGCGAGAGUACAAAGAAAUCUGGCUCCACCGAAGAUGCCAACUCGGUAAAUGUUACGAAAAAUGAGAAGCAAUGUCUAAAGGUCGAUAGCUUCGAAAGUCACAUGAGCAUGGAUAGUUUGGAAGGUACUUGUAGAUCGGAUCAAGAUCUAUACGAAUCGGACGAGCCCGCACCUUAUUCGGCUGUUGGAAAUGAAUCUGGUUACUCAUCGAGAAUAGAGAUAGAUAAUUUUAGCGAAACGAAAGAAGCCUUCUCUAGAGAUGAUCCUAAUCUCUGUUCUGAGAAGAGUAGCUUUGAACAGUUUUAUCUGUACAGAAGAAAAAGAAAACCUUCGAUCGUCGGAGAGGAUAAGUUUAACAAACUGUCCGAUGAAAUGAUUUUAAUGAUACUGAAGUGGCUUCCAAAGAAAUGCUUGGUACGCUCUAUGUUAGUUUGCAAACGCUGGUGUCAGAUAGCGAGAGACGAGGCACUAUGGAUUAGAUUGGAUUUAGGAGGCAAAGUAUUGAACGAAGGUACCUUGGGUCAUAUUCUACCGAGGGGCGUUCAGAUACUUCGACUGGCUCAAGCGGAAAUCGGGGAUCCCGUGUUUCUCGAGAACAGCGAGGUUCUCGUCGAUGGUUACAUUAGCAAGUUACAGUACUUGGAUCUCUCUAUGGCCGUGAUUUCUCCGGACGGUUUAGCUUUGUUGUUAUCGAAAUGUAAAUACUUGAAAAAACUAUCUUUAGAAAAAUGUACAAUUAAUAGCUCGUGUUGCAAAGCGAUCAGUGAUAAUACGGAUUUAGAAAUAUUGAACUUGACGAUGGGCGAGGGUUUGGACAUCGAAUGUGUGAAACAUUUGACGAAGCUUACGAACCUCGGCGCCCUCAAUAUGGCUUGGUGCGGACUAGACUCCGAAUCGAUGACGCUGUUUUGUAAAUCUUUGCCGUUGUCCAUCACGCGUUUAAACAUAGCCGGGUGUAGGAAAACGUUGACGGAUGACAAUGUGAAGGACUUAGUGAAAAGUUGCCCAGACUUGGUGGAGCUAGAUUUAAGUGAUUGUACCAUGCUCACGAUGAACACUGUUCGCAGUCUGCUCGACUUGUCGAAAUUGGAGCACCUUUCACUUAGCCGAUGUUACGGUGUACCUCCGUCCACAUAUGUAACACUGGCGUACAUGCCGUCUCUAUUGUACUUGGACGUUUUCGGUGUGAUACCCGAGCCAGUAUUGAAGACGUUGCAAGCUACUUGCGGUGAGACUCAACUCAACAAGUUCCUAUAUAGUUCCGUCGCGAGACCGACCGUCGGUGUUCGGAGAACGAGUAUCUGGGGGCUUCGCGUUAGAGACUGACUGUGCUUACUUUUUUACACGGGAUUACGAGUAAAGGCGAAGACCAACGAGAAACCAAAGGGAAAAUGAACUGUACGAGUGUGCCUUGUCUUUCUACAAAGAGUUCUUUAAACCGAACAGACUGAGCUUACGAUACUAACGAAAUAAAACUAAAGCAAUAUAUUUCUUCGCGCAUCA